UGGUUCCUUUUUAUCACACAUUAACUGAAAUGUUCAAGUAAAGCCGUGUGCUUUCAUAUAGUCACUUCAUCAUACAAUUUAUAUAUUUCAUAUGAGGUUUGAGGGGAGUGUUUGCAUAACCCGUGGCAUUCUUCAAAGAUGAACACCUCAGAUUUUCCCAACGCGAACCAUAAUGAAACAUGUCUUCCUGAGCCUCAGCACGUGUCUCUGGCUGUGAUCCUCUGUCUGGUCUAUCUGCUGGGCCUUCUGCUCAAUGGAUUCAGCCUGUGGGUUUUCACCUGCCGCAUUCACAAAUGGAACUCUGGAGCUGUUCUUCAGUUUAAUCUGGCUCUAUCUGAUGCCAUCAUCACUCCACUCACCCCCCUGAUGGCAGUGUACUUUGUCAAGGAUAGCAACUGGAGUUUUGGGGAUUUUGUCUGCCGGCUGAAGAUCGCCGUGCUCAGCAUCCACUUUAAUGGCAGCGUGAUCUUCCUCACACUUAUUAGUGUUCAUCGAUAUGUGUCCGUGGUUCACUUCAACUGUUCCUCGUUGAUAAAAAGAAAGCUAUUCGUGAAGAAGCUGUGUGCUGGGAUUUGGUGUUUUCUGAUAAUACUUGGCAUUUUCUAUGGAUGGCUGCUCCCUGUAACCACUGAAGAAAAUAAUGGGCAGUGUCUUACUAUUCAUCAGAAAAAAUUGAUAGAUUCUUACUUUAUUAUUAACUUUGUGAUUUUCUUCUUUUGGUGUAUUUUACCCUUAACUAUAUUAGUGUUUUGCUACAGUCGCCUGGCGAGCUCAGUGUCCCGCAUUAACAUAAAUUCUACUCAGGGCCAGUCAGUCAAGAAUAAGUCUAUGAAGAUGAUAGGGAUAUGUGUAUUCAUAUUUGGCCUUUGCUUUCUUCCUCUCAAUGUUGUUCGGACUAUCGGAGUAGUUGUGAAAAAGUAUUAUUCUAGUAAAUGUAGACUUAUAUUGCAGUUGCAAACAGCAUAUUAUGCAUGCUAUAUAUUGGCAGGAAUCAACUGCUGCUUGGACCCCCUCAUCUACUUUUUUGGCUCACGUAAUUUUAUUAAAGCUUUCAGAAGAUCUCUGAAGAUAGUAGGGAUCAGACGUAAUGUUGAAAACAAAAUGGAAUCAGAAACAGUAAGUCAAAGUGUAAACAGAAAUGUAGUUUAUUCUGUCUCUUAGGACAUUAAGCAAUUGAAAUGGAAGUUGUGAUCAAACUUUCUGAACUCAUGGCAGUGAACAAGUCAUCAGAGAAGAGAUUUGUUACAAGGGGAAGUUAAAGCUUAUAAGGGAACAUGAACUAAAAAAGUCCAAAACACUGUCCAUUUUGAUUUCAUGAUGACUUUAAUGGUGCUUUGAGAAGCAGCCUACUGCAAGAUUACACUUAAAAAUAUUUUUGUCUUUAUUUAUUUGUCCUGUAUGAUCCUAUUCCACAAUACUGAAAUAAAAAAUAUUUAAAAAAUAUUUUUAAAUGUAAUCUUGCUGGUAGUAUUGUGAAUUUGACAGAAAAUGCAAAAAGAGAGUUUCUGCUAACAACACUGUGGAAUGCAUUAAGAAUUUGUUAAAAUAAUUGUAUAAAUAUUUAUUCUAGCUUGCACAGUAAUGUUUAAAAACAUAAAAAUGUGCUGGGCUUGUAACCUUUCACAAAAUCCUAACGAUAACUAGGCUAAAUGCAGCAAUAAGUUUUGAACGUUUUAUUCAUCUGAAUCUUUCAGACAGUGUGAAUAAAAAUCUAUUCUAAACUAAUAUUUUGAAUGGUAGACAGUAGAAUUUCAAAUAGCCUGUGACAGUCAUGCUCACAUGUGAGUGAAACUAAAUAAACAGAAGAUCCAUUAAGCUAUUUAUGUCAUUGUUGAUGACUGAUAAAAGAUGUAAAAAUAACUUCCUCAGUAUUUUUCCUAUAAUUUUUUUUAAAUCUUUGUAAAUUGUAAAUGUGUUGUAAAAAAAAGUAACUGUAUAAACGUUUAAAAACAACGAGCAAUACAAUUUCCUGUUGUUAAACUUUUCUUAUCUGUCCUAUAAUAAAAAGAUUUAAGAAGUGA